CCUCGUCCACCUGGACUCGCACCCCGACAUGAUGGUGCCCAAGGCCAUGUGCGCCGACGCCGUCUUUGACAAGGAGGCGCUCCAAUCGGAGCUCAGCAUCGAGAACUGGAUGUUGCCGGCUGUUUAUGCGGGCCACCUGAGCCGCCUCGUGUGGGUGAAGCCGCCCUGGGCGACCCAAAUGCCCGACUCCACCUCCCGGUUCCAGGUGGGGAAGGACCGCGCCAGUGGCGCCAUCCGGGUGACCUCCAAGGCGGCCUACUUCGUGUCUGAGGGCCUCUAUCGGCGGGCGGCGCAGCUGGAGAACGCGCGCACUGUGCGCCUGGACGUUGCCACGUUGGGCGCGCGCGCCGCAGGCCUGGGGGCGCUGGUCGCCCUCAUGGGCGACCUGCAGUCGCCCUAUAUCCUCGACCUGGACCUGGACUUUUUCAGCACCAGCAACCCCUUUCUGAAGGAGUACGCCAAGGCCGGCAUGUACGAGCGGGUGAAGGAGAUUUUCGCGUUCGAGCCGCCCAAGAGCGAGAGCGACCACGAUCUGGAGCAGUUCACCGCCCGCAGGGAGGCGCAGCUCGGGCGGCUGCAGGCCCUGUUCGCGUUCCUGCAGCAGCAUCGGCGGCUGCCCGAUAAGGAGGAGGAGGAGGAGCGCGAUGAGGUGGACGUGCGGGUGGAAAAGCUGCGGGACGCCCUUUUGGAGCACUACGAGGAGGCGACCAUCGACUGGGAGGUGGUUUUCGACGCGGGCUGCACCUGCGACGACUCCGGGCUGCCGCAUCACGUCUCCUCCGCGGAGGAGCUGGAGGCGAUGCUGCAGGCCUUCGGGCGGUUCCUCCAGGAGCUCCGGCGGCCGCCCACUAUCAUCACCGUGUCCAGGUCGACGGUGGACGACUACUGCCCGUGCGAGGACGUGGACGACAUCCAAGAGCGGGCGCUGCAGCUGCUGCGCCAGCGCUUUCAGUGCCAGAGCCCGCAACUGUGCUACGACACCGACAGCGAUUAGUCGCCCUUGCGCGGUUUUCCCGAUUAAAAGCCCAAUCUGGCAA